UAAGUAAAACUUGACCGCCCGAUCGACCUUCAGCCCUGCGCCCUUGCCAGUUACCACUCCAUGGCUGCUUCCUCUUGAACUAAGAACUGCACAGGUGGCCAGAGCAACAAAGUUUGUCAAAGCAACACUACGGGAGCGAGGUUAGUCGGAGCGUCAAAGGCCUCCCUACCUCUCUCUCUUUCUCAUUUUCUUUAUGAGAACGGGGCGGUGUUAAUCUCUCUCAUUCUCCCUCUGCCGGCAAAGAACUGACAGAAGUUUUCAAGUUUUUGCCUUCAAGAACAGUGCAAGAGGUCGAAUGGCAUUGAGAGGGGUUUGGCAGCUGAAAAAGCUUGUUGUGAGCUACUGUGACUGGGGUGGAAGCAGUCGAGGAAUAAGGGCAUGCAUGGAAUCCCAUUUGCCAGCAUUCAAAGAAAGUAACCCUCAGCUAGAAGUAGUUACUGAGCUGAUUCGUGGUCAGCAUCCACACCUGAAGGGCUUCUUCAAAAACAAAAACGAACGAGUUAUAUGUGUUAAGAAUAUGACUCCUGAAGAUAUACUGCAGCAUGCAACCAGUCUAAGAAAUGCAUUAGGAAGGAAAGUGGUCAAGUUGAAGACCAGGCAUCUCACAAAACAUCCUACUGUGCAGGGCACAUGGACUACCGAUCUAAAAUUUUGAAACAUUAUUUUUAUGUUGGCACUGCUUGUCAAAUGUGAUAAAUACCUCAAACAUGUUUGCUGGAUCCUUUCUGCGUAUAGUAAGGGGUAUUUCCUUGAUUGUGGAUAUACCACCAUCAUACCAUGUUUUAUGUACGUGAUGAAGCUGACACAAGCGGUGAAUUGACAAUGUCUUGUUUCUGGUUU